AUGGCUUUGACACACAUUCGCAAAAAUCAUUCCAUGGAUUCCAGCACGCAAGACCGCUUACCCAACUCUCAUCACUUGUACCGUAGCAAUUCCUCCAGAAGCGAAGCCCAGCUGAGCCUUGAGAAUAUCUUACAGGGAACCACCCAGGGUAGCGUGCCAGCCCAUUCCAGAGCAAUUCUGGAACCCAGUGUCAAACCGCGCGAUGCAAAACCUCGUCUUUUAUUGAUGGGCCUGCGGCGAAGUGGCAAGUCUUCCAUCGCCAGCGUGGUCUUUCAUAAGAUGCCUCCAAACGAGACGCUCUUUCUCGAGUCCACAACACGCAUUCAAAAGGACUCCAUCCACUCUUUCAUGGAUUUCCAAGUUUGGGACUUUCCCGGUCAACUGGAGUAUCUGGAGCCGUCGUUCGAUCUCGAGGAUAUCUUCGGAAGCCUGGGGGCCCUCGUAUGGGUGAUUGACGCACAGGACGAUUACCUGGACUCGGUGGCUCGGCUGAAUCGUACCAUCCUGACGGUUCAACAGUACUACCCGGGUAUCAAUAUUGAAGUCUUUAUCCACAAAGUUGACGCGCUCUCCGAGGAGUACCGGCAAGAUGCAUACCAAGAUAUUGUCCAACGCAUCACUGACGAGCUCAACGACUGCGGGUACGAAAAUGCGCCUGUACACUUCUAUCUCACUUCCAUUUACGACUACUCGGUCUUUGAAGCAUUCAGCAAAGUCAUUCAAAAGUUGAUUCCGAAUCUCUCGACCCUUGAGAACCUGAUCACUACCCUGGGCAAUAACUGCGGAUUUGAAAAGACAUACCUGUUCGAUGUACUCAGCAAGAUCUACAUUGCAUCGGAUACCAGGCCCGUUGAUAUGGCAUCGUACGAGAUGUGCUCAGAUUACAUUGAUGUCAUCGUUGACAUUUCCGAGUUGUACUCUUGGGAUCAUCCACUUCGAAAGGCCAAGGGGGAUCAGAUGCAGGAGGCUGAAAGCCACGUUGUCUUGCAUGACGACACGAUGCUUCACCUCAUGGAAAUGAAUAAAUAUCUCUGUCUGGUCUCGGUCAUCCGAAAUCCCGAGGCCCGGGAAAAGAAGGGCCUGAUUGACAUGAAUUGUCGUACCUUCCAAGAAGCCUUGAACGAUGUGUUUUCCCGAAGCUGGGAACGUGCAGAAGAUCAGAAUUCUUAG